AUGUCGUCUCCAGCACCUCUCCUUCGUCCUCCAGUGCCCGGCGGUCGCAAUGGCAAUGGUGCCCGCACACCUCGUCUCACCCUCGGCAUUCCUCCGUCUCCCAGCAUGAAACCCGUCAAUCCUCCCAGCGAAGAUCCACGAAUAUCAGACAUCCCCCUACCUCAAGCAUCCAGUCGUCCGGCACCCCCUCAGCUUCGAUUAGCGACUCCUAUGGGCGGCAGCAAUCACCAAUCUCAUGAAAGUGGAAGACCCACUCCAUACUUGAGCAGUAUAUCAACCAGCAGCAAUAGCCUCAGUGAUGCUAGUAACGGUUUAUCCACGUCCACCACACACCUUGACGGCAAGGCUAGCGGUCCCGGCAGUGCCUCGUCCUCGUCAUACUCGACUCUAUCAUUUGCUAUGGGGCUGCGUCAGCCGACCGUUGGCACUCCGGAUCCGUCUUCAGCCAUCAGCUCUGUUUACUCGGACCGAGACGGCGGGGUAUCCAUGGAGAGAGAGAACAGCGUUAACAGUUUAUUGCCCGAUCUUGACAAAUUGAGUUUGGAUAAAGGCCGACCGCUGGAUGUCGAGGAUUUGGAUGAUGAAGGUUGGUUGGCGGCUAGUGAACAGAAGAAAAUCGUCGAACUUGGUAGCCUAGGCGAAGGUGCGGGUGGUGCGGUGACGCGAUGUAAACUGAAGGAAGGGAAUACUGUUUUUGCUCUGAAGAUCAUCACCACCGACCCGAAUCCCGACGUCAAGAAACAGAUCAUUCGAGAGUUAAACUUCAACAAAGACUGCGCAUCUGAGCAUAUUUGUCGAUACUAUGGUGCAUUCAUGGAUAAAACCUCGGGCACUAUUUCUAUUGCUAUGGAGUUUUGCGAGGGAGGAAGUCUAGACAGCAUCUACCGUGAGGUCAGGAAACUUGGCGGACGAACAGGGGAGAAAGUGCUGGGCAAAGUUGCCGAAGGCGUUCUCAACGGAUUGACCUACCUUCACAGCCGAAAGAUUAUUCACAGAGAUAUCAAACCGUCCAACAUCCUCCUAUGUCGAAACGGACAAGUCAAGCUUUGCGAUUUCGGUGUCAGUGGAGAAUUCGGCACCAAAGGAGACGCCAAUACCUUUAUUGGAACAUCAUACUACAUGGCUCCUGAGAGAAUCACGGGCCAAUCUUACACCAUCACUUCGGAUGUCUGGUCAUUGGGCGUCACAUUACUCGAAGUCGCUCAACACCGCUUCCCAUUCCCUGCAGACGGCACAGAGAUGCAGCCUCGAGCUGGUCUCAUUGAUCUAUUGACAUAUAUCGUCCGCCAGCCCAUUCCGACAUUGAAAGACGAGCCAGAAAACAACAUUAGCUGGUCUGAUAAUUUCAAAUACUUUAUUGAGUGCUGCCUCGAAAAAGACCCUCCCCGAAGAGCCACGCCGUGGCGGAUGCUGGACCAUCCAUGGAUGCAGGACAUCAAGAACAAAAAGGUCAACAUGGCCAACUUCAUCAAACAAGUAUGGGGCUGGACCGAUUAG